AUGGCUCUGAUGGGUGGUUUUGCUAGAAUAGGAAAUAAUGAGAUCAUUAUUUUAGUAAAUGAUGUGGAAAAGGGUAAUGACAUUGAUCCACAAGAAGCUCAGAAAACUCUUGAAAUAGUCGAAGCUAAUUUGAGAAAAGCUGAAGGAAAGAGACAAAUAAUUGAGUUGUUUGAUCCACAAGAAGCUCAGAAAACUCUUGAAAUAGUCGAAGCUAAUUUGAGAAAAGCUGAAGGAAAGAGACAAAUAAUUGAGGCUAGUCUAGCUCUCCGACGAGCUAGGACAAGAGUAGAGGCUGUCAAUGUGAUUUCCUAA